CUCCACUUUAUCCAACGUGAAAAAUCCUCCAACGCGGCAGUUUAUCCCACCAGAAGGAUUCCUCCAGCGUGGUGGGAAAAAAUCAUCUAACCUGGGUUUGUCCAACGUGAAAAAUCCUCCAACGUGGCAGUUUAUCCCACCAGAAGGAUUCCUCCAACGUGGUGGAGAUUCCUCCAACUUGGAAACUUGUGUUUGUGUGUGCUUUCACCUGCAAAUUAUUUCACCACCCUCACGUAGCUUGGACUAAAAACAAACAAAAAAAGAGAAAACCGGUCUUACUUAUGAGUUGGUGUUAGGGAGACGCUUGCGUGCCCGCGUUUCCUGCAUGCUUGCGUGCCUGACCCCCUGCUCAUUGGCCUGCCUGCCUGCCUGCCUGCCAGCCUGCCAGCUUGUCUGCCAGCUUUGCGCUCUCUCUUCAUGGCCGCUGCUCGUUUCACCGCCGCACAGGUUCUAGAGCAGAUUUUUUUAAGCCAAUCUAAUGACGACUCUGAACCAGAAGAGGAAUCUGAGGAAGACGUGUCAAGUGAAGAAGAGAAAGAAAAAGGAGAAGCAGAAGAAGCAGAUACAGCAGGACCAGAAACAGAUGAAGGACAAAAAGACAGCGAGGGAUGUGAUCUAAGGCUGGACACUUCAGAUGAAGAAGUUGAUGAUGAAGAAUAUAAUGAUGAUGAUGAUGAUGAUGAUGAUGUUGAUGAUGAAGAUGAUGAUGAAAUAAUAGAAAAUGUGCAAAGACUGGAGCAAAUAGAACUCGAGGAUGAGGAUGAAGAAGAAGAAAAAGAAGAAGAAAAAGAUAAAACUUUUAUCUCUAAAGACGGGAAAAUAAAAUGGUCCUCCGCUGCGUUUCGCAACGGCGAGGAAGCGAGGAACGUCCCUCUUAGUCCUCUUUCUGCCCAGGGACCCACAGAGUACGCGGCGGCUCAGGCGGUCGACUUUGAAUCGACCUUCCGCAUGUUUGUGACCCCGGCGGUGGAAAGGAUCGUCCUGGAGAACACCAACCUGGAGGGCUCUCGAAAGCUCGGGAGCGCCUGGAAGGGCAUGGACGAGGUCGACCUGCGAGCCUACUUGGGCCUCCUGAUUUUGUCCGGCGUCUACAGGUCCCGAGGGGAGGCCGUGGCCAGCCUGUGGGACGCCGUGAGCGGCAGGGCCAUUUUUCGCGCCACGAUGUCGCUCAAGGUGUUUCACGCUUACUCGAAGCUGUUGCGUUUCGACGAUCGCCAAACGAGACCCGCCAGGCGAGCGACGGACAAACUGGCAGCCGUGAGAGAGGUCUGGGACGCGUGGGUGGAGCGGCUGCCCAGCCUCUACGACCCGGGUCCUAACGUGACGGUGGACGAGCAACUGGUACCUUUCAGAGGUCGUUGCUCUUUCAGACAGUACAUGCCUAGCAAGCCAGCAAAAUACGGCCUCAAGUUUUGGGUGGCGUGCGACGCCAAGUCCAGCUACGCUUGGAAGAUGCAGCUUUACACAGGCAAGCCAGGAGGAGGAGGAGGAGGAGGAGAAAAGAGAGCUUCUGAAAAAAAGCAGGGCCAGCGGGUCGUGCUGGACGUCACAGAAGGGCUCGCCGGGCCUCGCAACGUGACGUGCGACAACUUUUUCACUUCCUACGAACUGGGCCAGCGGCUCCUGCGCAGGGAGCUCACCAUGCUCGGUACGGUUCGCAAGAACAAGCCGGAAUUGCCGCCGGCGCUCCUCUCGGUCAAGGGCAGGAGCGCCUUCUCCUCCGCGUUCGCCUUCACUCCCAGCACCGUCCUGGUGUCCUACGUGCCCAAGAAAAACAAAAACGUGAUCCUGAUGAGCACGCUACACUCGGCCGCCACGGCCGCCGACGACGUCCUCCUCGUCGACGCAGGACGGCGGGACAAAAAGCCCUUUGCCGUCCUAGACUACAACGCCACCAAGGGAGGCGUAGACAACCUGGACAAGGUGAUAGGAACCUACAGCUGCAGGAGAAAGACGGCGCGCUGGCCCGUGGCGGUGUUUCACAACGUCCUAGACGUGUCUUGCUACAACGCUUUCGUCGUGUGGCGGGAGGCCCACCCGGACUGGAUGCCCGGCAACCGCAGCAAGAGGAGGGUGUUUCUAGAGCAGCUGGGCAAGGCGCUCGUGACUCCUCUCAUCCGCAGAAGGCGCCAUCCGCCUCGCGGCGAAGCGUCCGCCUCGCUCGUGCGGACGCUUCAGAAGGGGGUUCGGGGUGCGGGUCCUCCUCCCGCUCCCUGUCCUGCUCUUCCGGACUCGGGGCAGCAGCAACAGCAGGAGCAGGAGCAGCAGGAGCAGCAGCAGCAGCAGCAGCAGCAGCAGCAGCAGCAGCAGCAGCAGCAGCAGCAGCAGCAGCAGCAGCAGCAGCGGCAGGCCCUCACCGCAGACCUCGUCUGGGGUGAAGACGGGGACGAUGAGGGUGACGGAGGAGAACACGACGGCCUCGGUUCCACCGCUAGCGACCGGGCGCAAAAGGGCAAGAGGAAAAGGUGUCAAAUUUGUCCGCGCGCGAGGGACCGCAAAACAAACAACGUUUGCCAUCGGUGCGAGAGAUACAUCUGCCACAGACAUUUGCUCUUCUGCUGUUCAGACUGCGCCCCUCGCUCCUGAAGAUAAUUUGUUUGUUCAUUAGCAAAUGAAAUAAUAAUAAUAAUAAUAAUAAUAAUAAUAAUCAUAAUAAUAAUAAUAAUAAUACUAAUAAUAUUCCGUGUGUUUUAUACUAUUGUUGAUGUUUUUGUUGUUGUCAGUGUAGUAACACUAUUUACAAACAAAGUGUAACAUGUAAAAGAAAAAUAAUUAAUAAAAUAAAGCAAAAGCAUUUGAAUUAGGGUAUUUUGUUUUUUUUUCU